UAGAUAACAAGUAAUGAUUAUUACUUUGGUGUCUACGCAUGAGCUAUGUAGAUCACUGAGAUCAAAGGUCCUUACAGCCUGGAAAGAAUGAGCUUUUCCUAACCCGCUGCUCAUAAUUAAAGGGAAAAACAAACAAGCUUCCUCUACUUACUAUUAUAUUUCUUCUUAAAAAUAAAUGUUAGUGGCCUUCUCAUGGAAAUGGAGUGAAGAAAAGGGUACUAGCAACUAUGAUGAAGAACUGGAUUUCCACAGAACAAUCAGAUCGGCCUUGAGGUGUUAUGAAUACGUACAGCGCAACCCUUUAUCGGAAUCAUGGCCUAGCUGUGUCGUCUCUAAAACCUUAACGAAAAAUCUUCAUCUUGUCUUGUGAAAGCUGCAGUCCUGCCAAAGACUUUUUGGAAAGGUAUCAUGGACAGACUGGAUGUAUUAGGGGAAAAUGAAGCUUUGCAACAGUUCUUUGAAGGUCAGGAUGUGCACAGAGCUUUGGACAACCCUAUGGUGGACACUAGCAUGUUGGAACAAUAUAUCAGCAGUGACUUUGCUUUUGGACCCCUGUUACCUGAUUCGCCACCUGAUUCUGGAUCAGAACCAUGUUCACCACCACAAAUCAGUGGUUUGAUUCAUUCAUCUUGCUGGUCCAAUGGAUUUCACCCAACAUCUUCAACACCUUCAGGAUCCUGCAGAUAUAUUGAAAGGUCCAUAGACACCAGCCCCGGAAGCCACUCCCUUGGUGCUUCACCAGACACCUGCAUGAAAAUGAAUAACCUUGAAACACAUUGGAAUGGCUCUGCUCUGCCAAACUGUACAGACUACAACUAUCCCUUUACUCAACAGCCCCUGCCCCAAACUAUCAGUGGUAUGGUGUCACCAAAUAAAAAAAGGAAGCAUUCACAUUUGGAUGAAAAAGAUAAGUGGUCUCCCUGGAGCAUGGACACUCAGCAAUCAGUUUCGUCCAGCUGCAUCAUUGAUGCGCAUGGUUAUGAAAGUGAUGGGCAGACAGUCUCAGAUAAAUGUUAUCAGUCACUGAUAUGGAAGCCGCACCAAACAGGAAACUGGUGUGACUUGUGCAAUGGUAAUGCAGAAAAGCUUCCUGCUGUGGGAUACCAAGUAAUCACAGACAAAGGAUUUAAUUUCUCGACAAUAGAUGAUGCAUAUGUUUGCCAGAAGAAGAACCAUUUCCAGGUCACAGUCCACAUGAGAGUACUCGGAAGCCCUAAAUAUGUCAAGACACAGCUGGGUCUCAAUGCAAUUGAAAGCUUUAACCUGAAAGUCUUUGGUGUUAAAGUAGAAGCUACAAACCAGAUGAUCACCAUCGAACAGUCCCAAUCUGAUCGCAGUAAACGGCCCUUCAAACCUGUUUCGAUAAAUUUACCAUCAGACCAAAUCACCAAAGUAACAUUAGGAAGGUUACAUUUCAGUGAAACCACUGCUAAUAACAUGAGGAAAAAGGGAAAACCGAACCCAGACCAACGGUACUUCAUGCUGGUAGUUGGUCUGUAUGCUGUGUGUCAAGAAGAGUCACAUUUAGUAGUUGCCCAUGUCUCAGAAAGAAUCAUUGUAAGGGCAUCCAACCCUGGGCAAUUUGAGAAUGAUAAUGAUGUCCUAUGGCAGCGCGGGCAUGUCCCAGAGACAGUUGUCUCUCAUGGGCGAGUUGGAAUUAACACUGACACACCAGACGAAGCACUGGUUGUAUGUGGCAACAUGAAAGUGAUGGGGACAGUCAUGCAUCCUUCUGACAGUCGAGCAAAGAGGAACAUUCAAGAGGCUGACACACUGGAGCAGCUGAGAAGAAUAGCCCAGAUGAGGAUAGUUGAGUAUGACUACAAGCCUGGAUUUGCAAAAGCUAUGGGAAUUGAUUCCAUCCAUGAAACAGGUGUUAUUGCACAGGAGGUGAGGAAGGUUUUGCCACAUGCCGUUAAAGAAACUGGCAAUGUUACAUGUGAAAAUGGAGAGACAAUUGAAAAUUUCUUGAUGGUCGAUAAGGAUCAAAUUUUUAUGGAGAACGUAGGUGCAGUAAAGCAGCUGUGCAAGCUUACCAAUAACAUUGAGAUGAGGAUUGAGGAGUUAGAGCUGUGGAAUCAGAAGCUUGCCAAGCUCAAAAGGAUAAGUAGCCUAAAGUCAGCUACAAGUGAAAUACCUCAGGCCAAGUCACCAUCAAGAUCUCCAUCACGGGGCAUACGUAGAAUAAGUCACGUUCCACUUCAAAGAAAGCCAGUUCCAGUUAAAAAGAUCUCAAGUAAACAAGAACAAUGCUCAAAGAGGAUCUUUCAUACUUUAGUAAUUUCCCUCACCACUCUUAUGGCACUAUGUGCCUUGACCAUUUCUACACUAUAUAUUCUCUAUGUGCAAGAGGAAGCUAUUGAACAAGAACCGUUACCAUCAAAUAAUGUUACAAGUGUUGCAAGCACAUCUGUCACCUCUCUUCAUACCACUAUGCAUGGGUUUAGUGAAAGUGAAUUUACCUUAGCAAAAACGACCCAACCUGCAGGAGGAGGUGGAAGAGAAAUCAAUUUUUGUGACAUUUUGCCAUGUGAAGAAGAACAUUGUUGUGCACUUCAACAGCCAACAUUAAGAAAUACAUUUUAUGAAGAAACAAAGACUUUUAAAAAAAGUAGUCUCAAAAGAAACAUAAGCAAGACGAGAUGGCCAGAUAAACCUCAGUUUUCAAGUGAUUGGGUUGAUACAUCGAUCAGUUCAAUACGGAUUCUGGAGAAUCAGCAAAUAAUAGAUCGUCACUAUUGCAGUAAAGGCUUGCAUUGUGGAAAUGGAAACUACAACUAUGUGAUACCAGUGAGCAAGUACAUGCCAAUCAAUAUGCGGAUCACUUUGGAAAUCAACACAACAGAGCCAUUAAUUGUCUACCAAUGUAAAAUUACUUUUGGCAACAUCUGUAAUCGGGCCACACACGUAAGGAAGAAAAGAGAUGAUUCUUCAGAGUCAACUCAGGGGCUCCAGCAUCACUGGAUUCUACCAGUAGCUGGCCUAUAUGACAGUGCAUAUCAUUUCCGUGUGGCUACUCCAGAUCUUGCAAAUUGUUCAACAGAUCCAAAUUUUGCUGGAAUGUUAUUCACAGACUAUUAUUUCUACUUUUAUAGAAAGUGCAACUAAGGCAUAUUGGUCUGUCCUAUUCAUUGAUAUUCAGUAGAAAGACUAUAGCAACCUGUAGGUCCAUCCCACUCACAUGUAACUUUUUUGAUGAUCCAUACAGAAAUUCAGCUGGACUUGUCAGACUUAUUAUUUACUUUUUAAUUCAUCUGUGCUUGUGCAUGUUUAUUGGGGUUCACAGCUGGGAUUUUAAAUACACCAAAAUGGUAGUGUUGUAACUUGUUGUUCUACAAAAAGUUAAUGGUAUGUCAUUUUUGUUAAUGUUACAUGAAUGGAUCACUGUAUAUAUUAAAUAUGCAUGAUUUUCUAAA